UAGCGAACGCAAACCUUUCAGCGGACGAGGAGCCGUUUGCCGGUUGUGUAAAAUGAGCGGAGUAUCCUUAAGGAAAAGCAGCACCUCUGCGCCCUGAACUGGCGUUCAGUUGCACUGACACCCCGACCAUAUGCUUUUCGAGUUGUUUUUAGGGAAUGACAGCAUAUUUGUACAAAUUGUAAGCUGGCACGUGGGGAUUUUCAGCAUUUUGAUGGUGUGUGAUAUUGUGACGCUGAAGUAAGGACAUGGCCACACCUCCGGUCGCUGGCGCUGGCAUGCCCGCUGGAGCUUUUGGGGGGCAACAGGCACAGGCUGCCCGAGAGGUCAACACUGCCUCCCUGUGUCGCAUUGGGCAAGAAACAGUGCAGGACAUCGUCUUCAGGACUAUGGAGAUCUUCCAGCUCCUGAGGAACAUGCAGUUACCCAAUGGAGUCACGUACCAUGCAAGCACACAUCAAGACCGACUGGGAAAGCUACAAGAGCAUCUGCGGCAGCUCUCUGUGCUCUUCAGGAAGCUCAGGCUGGUGUAUGACAAAUGCAAUGAAAACUGUGCUGGGCUGGACCCUGUACCUGCAGAGCAGCUGAUACCGUACGUAGAAGAUGAUGGAUCAAAGCACGAUGACCGUUCAACAAAUCUGGCUCGCUACGCAACUGAGGAAAGGAGAGAGGUGUUGGAGGUGAACCAGAAGCUUAAACAGAAGAAUCAACAGCUGAAGCAAAUAAUGGAUCAGCUCCGCAACCUCAUCUGGGAAAUAAACUCCAUGCUGGCGGUGAGGAACUGAUCUACCAACAUCUGUGCUGUCCUGAAGAAAGCAUCUGCUCAGCAGCACAUUGCAGGAAUGAACACAUUUCUGGGUUGCAGGAAAAGGUUGUUUAUCUUUUAAAUUAUUUUUGUUGGCAUUGUGAGGUUACAAUGAUUUCAGAACGCAGCUUAAUUUGCCUGAUAUCCAGCUGCAUCUUUAAAAGCAGAAUGUUUUUAAUUGUUAAUUAUUCUGAGCAUUAUAAUGAUUGUCCACAAAAUAUUGUAAGCCCUUCUGAUUGUAAAAUAAGUCUUAAUUUAAAGUUUUUUGUAGUUCUUGUUGUAUUAUGUGGCUUUAGGCUUCAUGUAUAGUGCAAAAUUAUAAAUGCAUGUAGUUUUCCUACUUAAAACAUUCGUGCAUCUUCUAAUAUAUUCUCAUUCUGUUUCUGCCUUCGGAUUUGUUCAGAAAGAUGAAGAUUGAUCAGGCAAAAGGGAUCUUUCAGUUCUUUGUCCCCAGGCCAUUUCUGAAUUUUUUCAAGCAGGUCACAGCAUGAGGCAAGGAAAAGCACAGAGUUCUCUCUGCCAGUAGCUGCUUGCUCAUCAGAACACUAAAAUAUCUGCAUAUAAUGAAUAAUUGAUUUGAUCAUUGUUAUUUUUUUAUGUCUGUUACAUAAGAAUAUUUACAUAAAAAUAUUUAUAAUGUCACUGAGGUUAAAGAUAAUAGAACAUUUUAGAAAAGGAGGCCCACAGCAGAUUGAAAACAAGGAAAGAAACCAAUUUUGGUCACGUUGUUUACUUUUGUGAAAGUAAUAACGCUCUUAUGUAAUAUCCUAUGUAUAAUGUAUGAAAAAAAUGUGCAUUUCUGAAAAGGGAAAGCCAUUGUUUUGACCAACCUAGAAGGGUACUGAGAUUGUCAUUGCUGUUUCUUGAACUGUUAAAAUAUUUUUAAAAGGGUAAAUGGAAAAGCUUUGGCCUUUUACUUUUGUUACAUUUGAAAAGCCUUGUAGUCUGUCGCUGUUUUGUAACAUUUCCAAGGCUAUAGAGGAAUCACCUACUGCUUUUUUUCUGCAUUAAAACCAACAUGAAGAAUAAAAUCGAUUGCAGCACUAAGGAA